AUGGUAAAGAUCGCCAUUGCAGGAGCUUCUGGCAAGCUUGCCCUCGAGGUCAUCGACAGAUUGUCGAAAACCGAGAAGCAUGAAAUUCUUGGCCUAGUCAGAAAGGACCCUUCUUCGUUGCCCACAUUCCCAGGAGCUACAUGGAUCCAGACUCCUUAUGAAGAUAAGGCAGCAUUGACGAGAAUUCUCACCGGCACCCAAACAGUGAUCUCUUUCAUUGUCGCCCAUACGGACCCUGGCGCGGCGACGGCAAAGCGCUUGAUUGCCGCAUCGAUUGAGGCAGGAGUCAAGCGGUUCGCUCCGAGCGAAUGGGCAACGGGCACCAAGUUGGACGAGGUGAUCAACUAUACGCCGUGGUAUGCCAACAAGUUGGAGGUCAAGCGCUAUCUUGAGGAAGUCAACAAGAACAAAAAGGUCAUCGAGUACACUUUGUUCCAGCCUGGCGCAUUUAUGAACUUCCUAGCGUACCCUCAUCAGACGGCCAAAUAUUACCGAGUCGACUUCCCGGCACUUUUCGACUUCUCCAAAGGCUGUGGGUAUAUUCUGGAAGGCUCUGAAACCUCGAAGAUUACCUUUACCACCAUUGAAGACAUUGCGGAAGUGACCGCCCGAGCGGUUGAGUUCGACGGGGAAUGGCCCAUCGUUGGGGGUAAACCCUUCGAGGUGGACAGAUUGAAGCUCGAGGACCUUGAAGCUGGAAUUAUCAAGACAAACUUUGUCGCCCCGCUAGAUCUACCUGGCAUGUCGCCAGAAGAACUUGCGAAUUUCACAAAGGUGGUUACAAUUGGAGCCACUGUAUCGAUAGCAAAGGGGGCAUGGGCGGUAUCUGACGAGUGGAAUCAGCUGCUCCCUGACUUCAAGCCUAUGGGCAUAGAGCAGUACGUGAAAACCGUCUGGGGGGGCAAAUGA